AUGCUGUGGAUUAAGCGUGCUAUCGUGGCUCUAGCGUCACUAUCGGUUGCCUGCAAUGGCAUGCGUAUCGCACCUCGAUUGGGGACCGUGGGCAUGCCGCUCUGCACAGUAGCGUCCAAGCCGCAGCCCAAUCAACCGGAACCCAAGUCCCUGAACACCGUAUUCCUGGUGCUGCCUGAAAAGCCAGAUCUAACUGAUAACGCCGCUUUGACGAAGGUUGACAUAGGGGAUCACCAGUGCGCUGUGAUCAAGGUGGACCACAACGUGGGAGCAGGCGCAUCGGACAACAAGGAGGCAAACGUCAUUCAGCUGCUAAGCAACGCCUACAAAAUAGGCCUCAAUGAGCUGGCCAACGAGACCGUAUACGAGAAAAGGAAGAACCACACCAAUAUUGUGGAGUUGGCCAUAACGACGCUGCGGGCGGACGGUGUGCUAAUCCCGGUGGAGUACCACUCGCUCAUUAGCAUGGGACGUGCGGUAUAUCAGCUGCAACUGCUGGACCUAGUGCUGCUGUUGCUGAGGCAAAUAGAUGACGUGAAACUCAAUCUGCACUUCGUUGUCUACAAUUACGACGAGCGCAGAGGGGACGAUGCCGCGAGGAACGACUUCAACGAAAGACGCGAAAAGGAAAUCCAGGCCGCGUUGGCGCAGAUGUUCCAGAGCGCCAAUGACCUCGUGGACAUCUCCGUCACCUUCACGCCACACACCAAGGUCGGACAGUACCUGGAAGCCACGUCGGGGUGGAUUGGGAACAGGAUCUCGCUGAAACAAGCGUGCCCGAUCGAAUUUGAGUCCGAGUCAAACAAGAAGGAAGAAUCGGUCACUAAACUGCGCAAAAUACAGGGACACAUGGAUUCUUCAGUGAACGACGUCGCGGGGAAGCUCAAGGAGGUCGACCUGUCCAAGGACACUAGGCCGCUGCGGCAACUCCUGGAGAUCGCCAACGAGGUCGAGCUCAGCGUAAACAAAUGGCUGGGAGAAAGUGCAGUGUCGCUGGCCGAGAUGCCGGACAAGCUCAAGGUGCAGGCCGAUACGCUCGUUAAAGCGCUGGUGGCCGAAUUCGAUUCGAGGGCCCGCCAAGUAGCAGGGCGAACGGAAGCGCUGUACAAACUGGUGCGCCGCAACAUGGUCGAAUCGCUGCAAAACAAGCUCAUGGUCAUGAUGGACGGCAUGGCGCUCAAGAUCCAGGACACCGUCCUGCAGGAAUUCCAGGAGGAGCUGCAGAGCAUAUCGGUGGACGAAAACCUGGACCUGAGCCUGCAGGAAGCCAUCGGCAAGUACGAUAGACGCUACUGCGCCCUGGUGGAGCAGCGCCGGUUCGACAUCCUCCGGGGCAACAAGCUGUACGACCUCAAGGCCCAGGCGCAACGCAGAGACGUGAUAGAAAGCAUGAAAGACGUUGCGAACCACGUCCUAGAGUUCGCGAUCGCCAAGGGGCUGUUUUACGCCAAGUUCUCGAUUUUGGACGGCAUAUCGUACAUCCCGUCCAACCCCGUGACCAGGUUCAUCGCCAAGUGGAUCAAGCUGCUUAAGAUCCCGCUGCGCAUAUCGCUACACUACCUCAGCCCUACGGCGUUUGGGUUCUCCAACCUCUUCAGGGACAGGAUUCCACUGAAGCCCGGGAUGCUGCGCUACUUCACGGACGGACGGGAACGCAGCACCUUCUCGAAGGACCCGAGCACCAGGGCACUAGCAAACUCGCUCGUGUACAGCAGGGAGUGA